AUGUGUGCAAUUGCAUUAUACCUUUCCAUAGUUUUGGGAAUAUUGUUAUUCCCAUUUCUCAUACCCAUCAGAACAAAGAAUGGUACCCAUCAGACAUUGAAAAGGGUACUUAGUGUUGCAUUUAUUAUGUCCUCAUUAGCGGCAAUAGCACCAGAGACAGCAAGAAUAGGAGCUCCUUUCCACAAAUAUGGACAAUCAAAGAUUGCAUUUUUCGGAUGCAACUAUCAAAUACAGUUAACAACGGCCCGCUUUUGCGAACAGAAUCGAACAUUUGAAUGGUGCUAUUGUAACAACUUUAAUGCUUUUGCCACCAUUGCCCAUUGUUACGAAGAAGGUCAUCCAGAUCAAACUGAUUCAUUGUUGGAAAUGUGCCAACAGUACAAUAGAACCAUUAAACGCGACGCUUUAGUCCAUGCAGAAGCUUAUUAUAAUAACCAUGCAAAGUCCAUACAGGAUAUUCCCAACUUUCAGCCAAAUACAAUAGUCGACUUUCCAGUCAAGUUGAACACAACAGAGACAUACAUUUUCAAAAGUGCCUACAACAACUUUUUAGGAAAUUUCGAUUUGUCUGUAGAUUAUGGCGCAUACCUAGUCCUUUACUGGGUCAUUGUGUUCACUUUAGUUUCAGUGGGUAACUGGUCCAAAAUUUACUUUCAUGGGAUAAACAAAAUGUUAACCGAUCCUUUUUCUAACUGGUUUAGAAAAUUGAUCUCGUUACCGGCAACCGGACGCACAAGAAAGACAAAUGAAAGACGAUUUGCUUACGUUUUGGAUCUUUUGGUUCCAACGAGGGCAGAAACAUUGAUAUUGACUACAUUUUUGGGAUUGUCAGUAUAUCUUUUGACAAAAAAUAUUAGCUAUAUCGAAGGCGAUCCGUUAUUCCAUAGCAAAAAUAUGGCAUAUCUUAGAUAUUAUGCUGUGCGAGCUAGUGUAUUAUCCAGCUCCAUGAUGCCCUUACUCAUACUUUUUGGAGGAAGAAACAACUUCCUACAAUGGGUUACUAGGUGGGAUUACUCCACGUUUAUAACAUUGCAUCGAUGGAUUUCAAGAAUAGUCGUUGUGUUUAUCCUCAUCCACUCCUUUAAUUAUGGAUUAUAUAUGCGAAUAAGGGGUUCUGAAAUUCGACCUUACAUAUACUUUGGAGUAGCAGGAACAUACGCGGGCAUUGUCAUCUUAAUUCAAGGGCUCUUGGUGUUGCGAAGAAAAUGGUACGAAGCGUUUUUGUUGAUUCAUAUUAUUCUCGCCGCUGUUUUUGUGUUUGGAGCUUGGAUACAUGUUGAGCAAUUGUAUUGUGUUUGGUUUUACUAUGUGUCUGCUAUGAUUUGGGCGUUCGAUAGAAUCAUAAGACUCUGUCGACUUUGGUCUUUUGGCUUCCCAGAAGCUAAGGUAUAUCUUCUAGCGGACGAAACAUUAAAGAUAAUAGCACCAAAGCCACAUGGUUGGGAGGCAGUCCCUGGAGGACAUGCCUUUAUUCACUUCUUGCGUCCAAGUUGUUUUUGGCAAUCACACCCAUUUACAUACACAGCUACCGAUGAUGAGAUAGUGUUGUUUAUCAAAGUUAAAAAAGGAGUGACUCAGUCAAUGUCCAAUUACUUACAAACUCACAAGGACAAGUAUACAAAAAUACGGGUUGCCAUUGAAGGGUCAUAUGGAGAACAAACACCGGCAGAGAAAUACGACACCUCUGUGUUUGUAGCUGGUGGUAACGGAAUUCCUGGAAUUUAUGCGGAAGCAGUUGGAUUGUUGAACCGAAAGUCUAAGCAAAGGGUGAAGUUAAUAUGGGUAGUGAGAGAAUUUUCAUCAUUGUUUUGGUUCUAUGAUGAGUUAUUACAGUUGAGAGGGAAGGAUAUAGAGACCACUGUUUUUGUCACAAGACCAAAUAUUUCCAUAAACGCUGAUGAUUUCCGCAGGCGUAUGAAUUCACUUGAAGCGGAUGCGUUGCUGGAUAGCAAUGAAUCAACAUCAUUACUCAAAACUCCCAAAAGGAGGUUGGAGCUGGGAGAUAGUUCACUUAUUGCAUCCGACGAUGAAACGGACUUUGACCAAAGAAUCAAACAAGAGUUGGUACAUAUUACAUUUGUUGAAGCUAGGCCCAACAUUGAUGACGUGGUUGCGACAAGUAUCGAAGAAUCAAUGGGAUCCGUCAGCUUUGUUACAUGCGGACAUCCCGCCAUGGUUGAUGAUUUGAGAGCUUCGGUAGUUCGCCAUAUAAACAAUGCCGACCGUAAACGAAUCGAUUAUUUUGAGCAAUUACAAGUAUGGGCAUGA